AUGGACAUGGAAAUUCCGCAGCGGGCGCUCACGAAGGAGGAAAUUAACAGGUGCUAUUUGAGGUGGCAGCAGCUCCGGAACCAGCAUGGAGAGAAUGCGAGUACGAUCCCAGAGUUCAUCUAUUUCACACGAGUGCUGAGGCAUGCAGCAAAGCAGCAACAGGAGGGCGUUGGGGAGGAGAUGCGGGGCGGCGCCAUGGCCGGUAUGUCGCCAGCACAGAUGGGGGCCGGGACACCGCGGCAGGGCUCUGCUGGGACGCUGGGGCUUGGGGCCUCACCGCCUGCGGGCGGCAGCGGAGGGCAUGGCACUUUCACUAUGGAGCAGUCAGAGCUUCUCAAGGCGCAGAUCGCCGCGCUCAAAUGCUUGGCGCACAAGCAGCCCAUACCCAAAGAGGUGUUGGAGGUCAUCCAGUUGUCAUUGAACAAUCCUCCGAACCUGCGACAGAUGGUGACGAUGGUAUCGAGCGUGCUGGCCCAGCGAAGCGCCAGCCCUGCACAGGGAGUUAGCCCGGAGGCCAUGGGUAUGACGGAGGCCCUCCGUCGCUCCUCAGCGGGAAGCGUAUCUCCGAAGUCGACGAUACCACAGGCAUCUCUGGCCAAGCAAACUCCAACCGAGGGCAGACAAGACAACAUGCAGGGUUAUGAACAGGAGCCGCCGAAGCAGAUGCCGACGCAAGCUCUGGACGAGUACAGAAAAAAGCACCCUGAAAUCUUAAAAUACAUUGACGUGACUAAUCCUGCAGUAAUAGUCGAUACAUAUAUGCCACCCUCACUACCACCUGUUGUUCCGUACGAUACAUUGUUUACAUCAAGUAGUAGCCCGAAACUCAUGCUUCAACCAGGCAUCCUUCCCACGGGCAUUGAUGUGCACUCCGCUAUGGAAGUUUACCAGACUUUGAUUGCAUUGGAUAUUGAUACAUCUGUGGAUGAUGCCUUGUACAAAUUACUAGAUUCCUCCCUAAGCAAGCAGGAGAAGGAAGAUGCUCUUUUACAGUAUUCUGCUUUACAGUUACUUCCUCUCCAGAAGGCUGUUCGUGGCCAUAUUUUGCAGUUUGACUGGUUUCAGAACACGCUGUUGACAAACACCCAUCCAAACUUCCUUUCGAAGAUUCGUAAGAUUAAUGUACAAGACGCGCUGCUCACAAAUGACUUGUAUCAACGACAUGAAAUGCAGCUGGAUGAGCGGAAGAAGUUUGAGAAAUCUGCCAAGCUAGAGACUAUAAUGGAAUAUUCAGUUAAUUGGUUCAAUCAGCGAAUGGAUCGGCGUGCUGCCAGAAUAAAGUUCAGCCACAGACUAAUAACUGUCCAUAAUAACUUGGAGAAGGAGGAACAGAAGCGCGUCGAGAGAAAUGCCAGGCAGCGUUUGCAAGCAUUAAAGUCCAACGAUGAAGAGGCUUAUAUUAAAUUAUUAGAUCAAACUAAAGAUACUAGAAUCACACAUUUGUUAAAACAAACAAACGCCUUUUUGGAUUCUUUAACAAGAGCCGUAAAGGAUCAACAAAAGCACACCCAGGCCAAAAUAUCCUCACAUGUUGAAGAAGAGCACGCUAGUGAGGAAGCUGCAAAACUACAAUCAGAUAUGGAUGUGGAUGACGACGAGCGAGAGAAGAUAGAUUACUAUGAAGUCGCCCACAGAAUAAAAGAAGAUGUGAGGGUCCAGCCAUCAAUCUUAGUCGGCGGUACGUUAAAGGAGUAUCAAUUGAAGGGCUUGCAGUGGAUGGUUUCACUUUUUAACAAUCAUUUGAAUGGAAUUCUUGCAGACGAAAUGGGCUUGGGUAAAACCAUUCAGACGAUCUCUUUAUUAACAUAUUUGUACGAAUUCAAAGGUAUUCAUGGCCCGUUCUUGGUUAUUGUUCCCUUGUCAACGUUGACAAAUUGGAACGCUGAGUUUGAUAAAUGGGCUCCCACUUUAAGGAAGCUUGCAUUCAAAGGCCCACCAAGUGAGCGGAAAGCUUUGUCAGGCAUUAUAAAGUCGGGUAAUUUCGAUGUUGUGUUGACGACUUUUGAGUACAUCAUCAAAGAAAGACCCUUGCUUUCAAAGGUGAAAUGGGUCCACAUGAUAAUUGAUGAGGGCCAUAGAAUGAAAAAUGCGCAAUCUAAGUUAUCAUUAACUUUGAACCAAUAUUAUCACACAGACUACAGAUUGAUUUUAACUGGAACGCCAUUGCAGAAUAAUUUACCGGAGUUAUGGGCUUUAUUAAACUUUGUUUUGCCGAAAAUCUUCAAUUCGGUGAAAUCCUUCGACGAAUGGUUCAACACACCAUUCGCGAAUACUGGAGGUCAAGAUAAGAUUGAACUAAGUGAAGAAGAGACAUUACUAGUUAUUAGAAGAUUGCAUAAAGUCUUGAGGCCGUUCUUGUUGCGGCGUUUAAAGAAAGACGUCGAGAAAGAGUUGCCCGAUAAGGUUGAAAAGGUUUUGAAAUGUAGGAUGAGUGCCUUACAACAGAAGCUAUACGAACAAAUGCUAAAACAUCGUAGGCUAUUUGUCGUAGAUGAUCCUAGUAGUAAAAAGAUGGUUGGUUUACGCGGAUUCAAUAAUCAAAUCAUGCAACUAAAGAAGAUCUGUAACCAUCCGUUUGUGUUUGAAGAAGUGGAAGAUCAGAUAAAUCCAAACAGGGAAACAAAUGCUAAUAUUUGGCGAGUGGCCGGGAAAUUUGAAUUGCUAGAAAAGAUAUUGCCAAAGUUCAAAGCUUCUGGGCAUCGUGUGCUAAUAUUUUUUCAAAUGACCCAGAUUAUGGAUAUCAUGGAAGAUUUUUUACGUUUCUGUGAUAUGAAGUAUCUAAGGCUUGAUGGGCACACUAAGUCAGAUGAUCGGACCGCCUUAUUGAACAAAUUUAACGCCCCAGGGUCCGAUUACUUCUGUUUCUUGCUUUCGACUAGGGCAGGUGGGCUAGGUUUGAACUUGCAAACUGCUGAUACAGUUAUUAUCUUUGAUACAGACUGGAAUCCACAUCAGGAUUUGCAAGCACAGGACAGAGCUCAUAGAAUUGGUCAAAAGAAUGAAGUUAGAAUAUUAAGAUUGAUUACGGAUAACUCAGUAGAGGAGGUUAUAUUGGAGCGUGCACAUCGGAAGUUGGAUAUUGAUGGGAAAGUUAUUCAGGCAGGGAAAUUUGAUAAUAAAUCCACUGCUGAGGAACAAGAGGCGUUGUUGCGCUCACUAUUAGAGGCUGAAGAAGAACAGAAACGCAAACGAGAAAUGGGUGUGGCUGAGGACGAACAGUUGGACGAUAGUGAGUUGAAUGAAAUCUUGGCUAGGAACGAUAAUGAGCUCAAACUUUUUGCUGAGAUCGAUGCAGAGAGAAACCGGAAACAGUUUGCUGAUGGUAUAACAUCCAGAUUGAUGGAAGAUUCAGAGUUGCCAGAGUUUUAUCAUCAGGAUAUUGAUGCUCAACUUGAAAAAGAAAAUUCCGAGAGGAUGUUCGUCGGCGGAAGGGGCACUAGAGAGAGGAAGGCCACACAUUAUGGUGAUAGCAUGAGUGAGGAACAAUGGCUGAAGCAGUUUGAAGUAAGCGAUGAAGAACUGGAAGCUGACGCAUUAGAGAGACUUUCCACCGGAGGAUCUAAUGUAUCGAUGACUAAUGAUGAAGAUGGAAUGCCCUUGCCCCUGAAGAGGAAACGUGGACCCGGAAGGCCUCCCAAAAAUAAACGCGUCAAGUUAGAUGAUGAUUCCGAGGUGGAAAAUCCUUUAUCUCAGACAACUAUCGACGAUUCGCCAGUUAACGGAAAUGGUAAAGAUGUUGCAAUUCAGAACAAUGCUAACUCUCCGGAAGAUAGGGUCACUACUUCAUUAAAAUCCGUGAGGAGCGGUAAGACGAAACCGAAGCUUAAAGGGCGUCGUGGUCGUCCCGCUAAAAAUGGCCGCAUUUAUUCAAGGGAAAUGCCCAAACAGCCUGAAGCUGUGAGGGAAGAGAUUGCUGCGCAGUCCAAGGAGUUGUAUGAUUAUAUUCUGAGUUACAGGAAUGAGGAAGGAAGGAAUUUGGCCGAGAUCUUCUUAGUAAAGCCCUCCAAGAAGUUAUAUCCGGAUUACUAUUUACUAAUAAGGUAUCCUGCUGCGUUUGAAGAUGUGACCAGACAUAUUGAAGCCAAGGCUUAUGAUUCCAUAAAAGAAGUGGUGGAGGACUUCCAUUUGAUCUUUGCGAAUGCAAGGGUAUAUAAUACGGAGGGCUCUACAAUCUACAAUGAUUCCAUAGAAUUGGAGGAUGCUGUGGUUCAAAAAUAUAGAGAGUUGUCAGGCGAUAACGAGGAGCUGGAUUUCAGCGAGUUUGACGCAAAGUACGGUACUAUCGUGCCAUUUUCACCACAUGCUCAGAAAAGUGUUAAUUCCAGUGUGACACCCUGA